AUGACUACCAAAGUAAGGGAAUACAGAACUAAAGUUCCAUACACCGUGCAUGAGUGGAGAAAAGGCCAGAGAUACGUUCUGGCAAAGUAUACUACAGAUGACGUUCAGAUCCUGGAUAUCAAGCAGAGAAAAGGCGACGGAUCGAUUGUGACAGAGUCGCAUAAGAUUCUAAACAUGUCUAAAUGGCUGCCGGGUGUUGUUAGGAAGAUUUUGAAUGAAAACGCGAUGCUUGUGGAAGAGUUUUCGACCAAUAUUGAUGUAAUUAAACUGCUAUGUAAUGACGAGUCUGACAAGGAAGUUGUGGUAACCACAGAGAAGAUCAAAACAGAGGGGCUUCUCAAAGAGAUGGACGUAGAAAAAGUACAGGAAGUGAAAGGUAUAGAAAAUUCGAAAGAUCCAUUGAAGGAUAUUAAAUCUGAGAAUCUAGAAGAUGGUGUCGAUAAGAAAAUGACAGUAAAGUUGAAGAGCAAGGGUACUCAAAUGGAUGAUUCAACAUUUUCUACCGUCUCAAGUAGCUGCGAGACGUCAUAUGUUAAUAAGCAUUAUGACUCAAAUACCUUUACACUAUCAAUCAAAACAUUGGUCAAGAGCGAAAAAGAGGACAGUGUUUUCCAGGUCGAAGGUUCGAAGGUUCAAGUCUACGAUCUAUCACAGGGCAGAGAGCCAUUCUGCUACGUCUACAAACUGAUUACUGUUACAAUCAACAGCAUGGUUUUUGGAUGGAUUGCAGAUAAGAUUAAAAAUUCAGUUAGAGACAUGUUGGCAAAGUUCCACGAAAAGGUGAUUGAGACUGAAAAGGAAUGGAAGGAGAUUAAAGAGGAGGAGCUAUUGAAACUAGAAGAGGAAAUGGUGAAGAGGUUUAUGAAAAUGUAA